UCUGAGAAGUUCAGACGACAUAAAUUUUCGAAAAGUAGUUUGUAUAAAUACGUAGAUGUUAUUGUAAACAAUUAGUGUUUAACAUACGAAGUCAGUGCGUGAAAUAAGUCACUUUUGUGUGGGUCCUUUAGAAAUGAAAUUCAUGAAUUAACGUGAAAAAUUUCAAAGUGUUGAACGCGGAAGAAUAUAACCGUGCGUUGACGUCAAUCGUGAGAAGUGCACGACUGUUAGGUUGGUCUGUAACUAUUAUUUAUUUGUCAACUGGAACAUACAUGAAUAUUGCUUUACAGAUCUGAAAUUGCACUGGAUAAUAAAAUGAGCUUCGAAAUACCCGACGGAUUAACUGAUCUCCUUCAAGAUUUCACAGUUGCAGUGUUAAAAGAGAGGCCACCCGAUCUGGUUAAAUUUGCAGCUGAAUAUUUCAACAAACUAAAUGACAAGAAGAGUGAUGACCAAAAUGAAAGAAGCAGAGGUGUUCGGUUUGCAGAGUCAGAGCCCAUGCAAACAGAUGAAAGUGAUGAUGAACCUAUGAUAGAGCCCCCGCCUAGACAAUUUGCCAGAAGAAAAUCAGUAUCAGCAGAAAGAUAUGAUCCAGAGGCAGAUGAGGAGGAAGGGGACCAAAAAAUUGUACAUCCAAAGUCAGAUGAGCAGAGAAAGCGGUUGAGUGAAGCCGUAAAACCUAUCUUCCUUUUUAGAUCAUUAGAACCAGAACAAAUGCACUGUGUAUUAGAUGCCAUGUUUGAAAAGAAGGUGACUCCAGGAGAGCAUGUAAUUGACCAAGGUGAUGAUGGUGAUAAUUUCUAUGUCAUAGACAGUGGUACAUAUGACAUAUUUGUAGACAACAAACAAGUUGGUAAAUAUGACAGUUCUGGAAGUUUUGGUGAAUUAGCACUCAUGUACAAUAUGCCUAGGGCAGCUACAAUAGUCGCUACCAGUGAAGGUUCAAUAUGGGCUAUGGAUAGAUUAACAUUUAGAAGAAUAGUGCUGAAAAAUGCUUAUGAAAAAAGAAAGGUUUAUGAAUCACUGCUGGAAAAUGUACCCAUGCUGAAAACUUUAGAGCCAUAUGAAAGAAUGAAUAUUGCUGAUGCAUUAUUUUCAAAGACCUAUGAAGAUAAUAGUGUUAUAAUAAAACAGGGUGACAGUGCUGACUGUAUGUAUUUCAUUGAGGAUGGAGAAGCCAGAGUCACAGUGAAAAAUAUGAAAGAACCUGACUCAGAUGAAAUGGAGGUUAUGAGAUGUAAAAAGGGAAUGUACUUUGGAGAACUUGCCUUGUUAACUCAUAAGCCAAGAGCAGCUACAGUAUAUGCUGUUGGAAAAACUAGAUUAGCAGUAUUAGAUGUUCAAGCAUUCGAGCGUCUGCUAGGCCCUUGUAUGGACAUCAUGAAGAGAAGUAUAGACAGUUAUGAAGAACAACUCGUCUCCGUAUUUGGUUCUAAAGCAGCCAUCAGUGAUUUGCGAUAGAACUUCAGCCAUAUCGUGCCCAUUUACUCUCUCUAUUCCUUUUAUUGUUAAGCAAUAUUACCAUUGUAGAUUUUUCAUCCAUUUUUUUUGUAUAAGGCGAUACUGGGAUAUACUUUGUUGAGCACAUUCCCAGUUGAAAUGUCCAGGAGAAAAAACAAAAAUUUAAAUGAUAAUUAUAUUCCAGAUGAUGACAAUUUACUUGCAUGGAGUUAUUUAUUCAGUGUGAAGGAUGUACAAGUAACAGAAAUAUUUAUGGAAUAUGAACAGCUUGCCAUUUGUCUGUAGUGCAAUUUGUCUGUAGUUUUUGUUACUGUUCAUGGACAGAUGUGUUUGAUAACAUAUUUAACUUCCAAAAAAUGUGAUGAACUUGUCUGUUUACUGUUGUCUUGAUUGCCAGUAGGUCUGUUACGUAAAAUGUACAUGUCUUUUGUAACCAUUUUCAUCCUUUACUAUGAAGUGGCAGAAUAUAGACAAACCGAUGUAGGCCAAAGUUCCCUUACCCCCUACUUAAAUUGACCAAGGCUAGCAAAGUCCACCCAUUGAUUUUGUUAAGGGAUAUUGUUUGAAAAAUGAAGCCAAUUUUGUCUACCUUGAUGAAAUGGAUAAAAUGAGUGGAAGGGGAGGUAAUUUUGUCUGUAUUAAUAGACAUUUUAUAGUAUGUCUGUAUGGAUGAUUGCAGUAAUUAAAACAGUAAAUUUUGUUCUGUCCACAGUCAGUAUUCCUCAUUAUAAAGUUUAAUCAGUAAUAGGGCAGUCCAGACUGGCAAGAUUUUUACUGUUCAAUGGAGAAAGAUGGUAAUAAAAGAUGGGUAUAUAAUAUUCCGGUCUAUUUAAAUCAAACUUUUACUGAAGAUGUAGAUCUCAAGUAUGUAACCUGUCUUGACAGGUCAUCAUUUUCUUGUACUGUUUACAUAUAAACACUACAGCUUCAUUAGUUUUUAAGAAACUUUAAAAACAAAUGUCACUUUUCUUCUUUUGUGAAUGUGUAUUUUUAAAGAGGUGUUUUAUUGUAGUCGUAAAUAAGUUUAAGUUGUACUAAAAUAACAGGACAAAUGAUGUGUACUUCAUAUUUUCUUGCUAAAUGAGAUGGAAAGGGAAAUAAUAGCAACCUCUGAUUUUACUUCUAAUUUUUACUUCCUUAGCUGCUGUCUAGAAUAUUUUCAACUUUCAGGGAAAGUAAGACAAAAGUUAAUAGGAAGAGUAAAAACAUGUACUUUUUACCUUAAGUAUUUUAAGACAUACAAAGUCUUAUCCGUAUUCUCAAAACUACUACAGUGCAAUUUCUACAGACUGCAAUGUGUUUGUUGUAUACAGGUUGUUGCUUUGGUAAAGUAGAUUGACUAAAAAUUAAAUCUAUCGUGAAAGAAAAUAUCUCCUGUUGUAGGGAAGUAUUUGCUUAUUACAGGUAUCUCUAACAGAGGUUAUACUGUAUUAGAAACUUUUUCUAGGCUAAACAGCUGCUGAAUUUGCAUUGCUACAUAUUGUUUGGACAAGGACAUAUUUUUGAAUACAUGCACAAAGCUCUCAUAAACUAUCUUGCCAUUCAAAAUAUAGUGAAAAAUAUUCAUUUGUGUGUUCAUGCCUAAUGUAUAUUGCAUUAAUUGCAGAAAUUCUUUGAUAAUGUUUAGAACAUAAUUGCAUACACAUAAAUACCUUUUAACUGCUGUUACAUAGAGGUGCUGGACAUGGUAUAGUGUCACCAGAUAUCGUGUUCAGAAGAAAAUUUGUUUAGAUGUACAUGUAUAAGAAAAACCCUGCUUAGUGUUUAGGGAUGACUGUUGAUACCAUGUCAGAUGUUUGUCAUACCCAUUGAGGAGUGAAAGCUAUGCAUGUUGUGAAAGAACCAUGCAGUUCUUUUUCAGUAUCUCUUGUCAAACUAAAAAUGCAUGACAUUUUGAAACUGUCUCAUUUAUGUUUUGCCACCCUGUUACAGAUAUGGGUGUGAGCAUGCUCAGUAGAAAUACAUUGGUCCACUUUUGUUUUUAUGCCCCCGGCAUCUACUGAUGCGGGAGGCAUAUAGUGAUUGCCCUGUCCGUCCGUACGAGGUUAACCAAAUGGGACUGUUUCGUCUAGCAUCAGUAGCCCUUACUAGAAUGACUUGAUACUAAUGCAGAUGUAACCUGUGACCAUUCCUCAUCUUCAGACAUCACCUGACCUCAGUUUGACCUUGACCUUGACCUCGUUUUGGACUUAGGUUGCUUUGUAUGGGCCAUCUCUUGGUUAACCAAAUGGGACUGUUUCGUCUAGCAUCAAUACCCCUUACUAGAAUGACUUGAUCCUAAUGCAGAUGUAAUCUGUGACCAUUCCUCGUCUUCAAACAUCACCUGACCUCAGUUUGACCUUGACCUCAUUAUGGACUUAGGUUGCUUUAUAUCGACAAGGAUGCCACUGGGGGCAUCAAGCAUUUAUUGAACGCAGCUUCUUGUUUAGACAGACAGAUUACACAGUUUCUGUUACGAUUGAAUAUUCAAGUGUAAUUACAUUCGUUAUAACAUUCCCAUCCCUUUGUUGCAUUAUAAAGUGUUUGGAGUUUUUAAAAUAAGUCCUGUUAAUACUUAUAUGAUCUCAGUAUUGGUUGACAAAUAUAAGCAUUAUUCCUUUGUAAAAUUUUUUUUUUUUUUUUCAUUAGAAUUUGGUUUUUUAACAGUUUUCUGAUAUUAAUAAACUAUUAUUAAUGAGCUUCAGUGGAAUUGUUAAUGAACCUGAGAACAUUAUCUCGGAAAAAGACAAUUUCUCGAUUUUUAAAUGCCAGUCAAGUUUUAAAGAUAAUGUCUGUUACUUUCUGUUUUAGUCCACUUAAAGUUGCAGUAUACUUAAAUAUGUACACAUGUUGAACCAGAAGCAAAUGGUGAGAAUUAAUGAGAACAUUUACAUCAAGACUCUUAAUGUCUUCUGGACAGUCACAAUAAUCUGUCUCUGACUUUGUGCUAUAUGGUUGAAUUAUGCUGUAAUAAUGAAAUAUGUCAAAAACAGACUCAGAUUUUCAAAUGUCUGUGAAGCAUCAACAGAAGAAAGAUAUAUUUAUUGUAUAUCAAAAGUGAUAAAUUCAUACUACUGGUAUUUCAGUUGUUUUUCAUGAGUAUGUUUUAUAAUUUUACUAAAUUCUGUCUAUUUCACAUCAUGCUUCUAGUGCAUGACUAAUGAGCGCUGGUGAUAUUAUACACAUUUCAUAUGUUA